AUGGGCAGCCUCUCUUUUCGCAAGUUUAUUCGGUGGCUGCCUGAUGAAGCCAGCGAGCCAACGUCUACGCUGGUACUGACCUCUCCUGAGAAGAGGUUCGUGGAUAUAAGAGUGUUGCUACCUGAUGGAAAGAAUUCUUUGGCAGACAAUGACGAAACACUACCCUUGAGUCGCCUGGACUGGGCCAUGGCCGGAUUCUCUUCCUCCGACGUCAUCUCCGACGGCCACUCCCUUUCCCAGUGGAAACACUGGAUUGACUCUCGAGCUGUUGAUGCGCCUCCCGACGAAGGCCACAUGUACGCCCAGCCCGAUGGACUGAGCACCCUCGAAAAGGGCCACAUGACGAACCCGGCUACGGGGAAGGACACUGAGUACGAAGAGAUGUGGUAUGAUCCACCGGCUAAGAAGACGGGCGGGGACAAGGUCGUUUGUGUGGUGCUUGUGAUGGAGGAUGAAAAGGCUGGGAAGAAGGGCAUCUCAAGCUCCUUCAUCUUUUCAUAA